AUGGAGCGGUAUUGGAUUGAUGGAAAGAAUUCUAGAAAAGAAAAAGCGAAAAAUUGGGAGACUGGUAUUAUUUUGUUGUUGUGUAUUUUUAUAGAUUACGAUUACGACUAUUACGGUUAUGGGGAUUAUCGAGGCGGCUACAGUGAUCCUUAUUAUGACGAGUAUUACCGGUAUGAAGAUUACUAUUACGAUUAUCCACCGCCGGCCCCACCCCAAGCUAGAGGAAGAGGCCGACAACCACAACCGGAGUUGGACGAAGGAACAACGCUGAGUUCUACCGGUUUAUUCUAUGAAGUGAGCUGCGGAACGCAGGCUGGCCGUGGGCGUGGGGUGGUGGCGCGUGGGCGAGCCGGUGGGCCCCCGGCCCGUGGGGCGCCGGCCAACCGGGCGGGCCGGGGCGCAGCGGCCGUGGCCCGUGGAGCGGCCCGCCAGCCCGCUCGUGGAGCAGCCCGCGCCAAGGGAAGUUUACCAGGUAAGCGGAAGUUAGACGGGGGUCACCAGAACCAGGGGGAGUCAAAGCGCAGAUACCAGAGCAGCUGGGGUAACCAGCCACUGGCGCAGCAGCCGCUGGGAGCAGCGGGCCUGAACGGAGAGCAGCAAUGGUACCAGGAUUCGUACGCCGCCUGGAGCUAAACAACAAAAUCGUUACUAUGCAACAAUAGCAAGCUAGUAAGCAAACCAACCAACCAACGUCGUGUUGUCGUCGUCUUCGUGUGUAGUUUUUCACACACUUUCCAAUUUUUUUCUUCCCCCCUUUUUCUUUUUUCGAUCAACAAAAUAGCAACAGAAACAGCAGCAGAAGCAACAACAAAACAGCGGAAAAGUAAAAGUGAGUGCCUGAUAAGAAGAAGCGAGUGUUUAAUAGCGGACGCCCGCGCAGUGUAUAAAAAAAAGGAGACCUAUUGUGUGUGUCCGCUUGCGUAUACGUGUAUAGUAUGUAUGGUGUGUUCGUACUAGUGGUUUUGCGUCCGGGAGAAGCAAAUAAGCGGAAAGGGAAUAGGAGUGUUAAUAGAUCCGUCUUGACCGUUAGGCUGGUUCAGUAAUGGUAUACGCGUGAUACGCAAGCCUGACCUACCGGUUAUUAAUGAAGCCAGCCAAUCAUAUCCAUUGUCGUCAACCAGUGGCGCCACCACUACGUUAGUAACAUGUUUCGAAGUUAUCCACAACAUUUAAAUAAUAGUAUUUAUCUUAUGGUGUCCCCGGGAUAUAUGUAUGUAUUUGUUUUAUUUUUUCAUUUUUAAAUGACAAGAGCGCAUUACAAAAUAUUUUCUGUCUUGGUUGAUUAAUGAACAAUACUUGCUUUCAGCGAUACCAAUCGUUUCUUUGAUGGAUGUUUUAAAGGGAAACUGACAAAAAAAAAGUUAAAAUAUAGCAUAGUCGUAUAUUAAAUAAAAAUAGAUUUAAUAAUAGUAAUUAACACGAGAUUGAUAUGUUGUUGGACUUUUCCAAAUUUUGUACUUGUUCUGCUCGCUAAGCUAUUGCUCAGUAAAUUGUUGUUUGACGGUUUUAUUUAUGUCCUUUUAAAUAUGACGUUGUGUUGUGUUGUUUUUCUCUCGUUUAGUUUUUGAUUUACUUAGUGUUUUUAUGUAAGUAUAUAUAUAAAUCGAAAGCGCUUAAAAGAAUUAUUUGCACCACCGCGCAGGCACUGCGCCCCUUGUUCUGGAGACUGUUACAUCGCGGGGGCGCCGCCCGUUUAUCGAACAUAUUAUAUAUCGGAUCCUAAACUUCUAUUUUAUUUCUGACGAUUAAUUUUUAGUAUUUGGAAGGGUAGCAGUUGUGACGACAAUACGUUAUCAGCUUCCACCCUCUGUGUCUUAAAUUUCUUGCGCGUUCGUAUCGUUCAAAAAAAUGAUACGUGAUCUUUUUUCCUUCUUUCGCGAUUAGUUUUUUGCUAGGUAAUCUUUGAAUAAUAAGUGCUUGAAAUGGGAGGGAGGCAACAUUAUACCUAUUCAAUUUGGGGCGGGCUUACGGCCGUGGCGUUCAAAAAAAUUGCAUGCUGAUGUUUUCAAAUUUCAUUUUGUUCUUUAAAAAGAUCUCAUGAAGGCAAAUGACGAGAAUAAGUAAAUAUUGUUAUAUAUGUGCGGGUUGUUUGGCAUUAUAAGUGAUUUUAAUAUCGGAAUGAUGCGGCUGCCUGGCGCGCGAACAGACCGCAGUAAAGUCCGGUCGAAACUGGACUUUUUAGAAAAAAAAAUGGAUGGAGGUUGGGGACGCGCAAAAUUCGUAUUCUCAACCGUUGCGCGCAGUAAUGAAGCAUGUCUAAUUGGAGUGAAUAAUAUGCUAACAUCAUCUAGCUAGUACUACUUUACUACUACAUACAAUAGUAAUAAUGGAUAAUAGAAAUAGUAAAGUUAUUAUUAUUAAUGUAUAACAGUGAUGAUACCCGCAAUUUUUUUUAUUCUUGUGGGCGUUAAUGAUGAUGACGCGUCCGCUUUGUGAUGUAUUUUAUUACGAUAAUAACGAUAACUUGCGGUAGCAGUGAACGAAAAGAAAAUUGUAUUUUUCUUAAAUGUAUAUCUAAAUUAAACCUUUUUCAGCUGUUGGUGAAAGAUAAAAAAUCAUUUGGUGUUUAAACGAUGCAUUUACCAUGUUUUUUUUUUUCAUUUUCUUUGUAUUCAAAAAGGCGUGCAAAAAUGAUAACAAAGAAGGUUCGAUUUUAACUUUUGUUACUGUUUGACAUCGUUGCAUCGUGUAUAUAUUAUAAAUGUAUGUAUUACAUGCGUAUUUGUCAAAAUGACUAGUUCAGAAGAAAAGUAUUUUCUAAC